GAUUCGACCGAUGGUCGAAACCAUGGAUCGACCAGAACGUGCGAAGCCAUAGCCGUCAAAGAGCUUUUGGUGACUAGUCGGCGCCGAAAAUGGAGAAACUGAGAAAUUGUUUGGAGGAGAUGGUGAAAUUCACGCUCGAUUCUGCAGCCGAAUUCGAUUUAGGGCUUUCCGGCGAUUUCUGUUCCGCCCUUCUCGCCGACGAUCAUGUUCUUCCCUUCCCUCUUGCCGACUCAGGUGACCGAUCGAUUCGCGUUUUCCCAUACGAAUUCUCUGCCCGUUUGUUUCGCUGGGUGUUUUGGUUCGAUUUGUCCGCAGAUUCUGUAGUUGCAGGGGUUCCUGAGUAUCCUUUGUACAAGCGUCUCGCUUUUGGUCUGCUCAGGUCCAUCACGUCUGGUUCCUUCCGCGGAUCCUAUGAGAAGAUCGCGUUGAUGAAGGAAGAAAGCUGGUUGAAGGAGAAGGAGGAAGAGUUUGGAAAGCUGAUCUUCGAAAAAGGCUCCGAGCUGGUGAAUGUUAUGAAGGACAUAGAAUUCGAGCUUCCCGUUCAAGAGCCCUUUUUCUCGCUCAUGAAAGAUGGCCUGAAAACCGUUGAAGGGACUUGCUUUGUAGCUGACUAUGAUAGACUUCGUCCGGGUUCUUUGGUUAUGUUAAAUAAAUGUCUCCUGUUUGAAGUUCUGAAAGUCCACCAUUAUUCCUCGUUUUAUGAGAUGUUGAAAGCUGAGAAUCCUGCAAAAGUGUUUCCAGGAUUUACAACAGCUGAAGAAGGUAUGGAAAUAUUUGGGAAGUUCUAUAAAGUUGAUCAAGAGAAGAGCAAUUCUGUUGUUGCGAUCCAUGUUUGUAAAGCAGCUGCUCAGCCAUGCAUCAUUUUGGCGAAAAUCCUCUCCAGUCUUAGUUACAUUGGCGUGCAAAGGUUUCUAGGGCUUUCCCACACUCCAGGAUCCAUUCUUCACGCCUUACCUCCUCCAAGAUCGAGUUUAUUCUCUUCAUUCAUGCUUCUGUACAAACCAAAGGUAAAAGGUUGCAAGUUGAGUCACGGGGCAAGGGCAUUGGCCAAGCAUGUUGAUCGUAGUAGUGACAGAUUUUGGGGCAUUUUACAUGGAAGCGAUUCGGACAAGAACAGGCAAGCUGCAGACAUUCUAAGUCGAUUGGUUGUGGAUUGUUGUUGGAUGAACAUACAUGUAGUCCAACCACACGGUCAAGUGUUUGAGAUUAGAGUGGCCGAGGGUUAUGGAGCACGCUGGUCUCGAGAUGGAACCAAUUUCAUAGGAUUUCUUGAGCCUUACAUGGAUGAUGGUCACUCCAAGGGUUGGAAACAUUAGCAAGAGACCUUUAACCUUUGAUGUACAUUAAUAAAUUGCCUUCUCACACAUGUCCCUGUCCUGUUUAAUUUUUUUUUUUUAAUUUUAAUUUUAUUAUUUA